AUGUGCGACGCCAAAGCUCUUCGGAUUCUAUUCAAGUCGCCUGUGACGGACGACAUGAUCCGGUUUCUCACCAACACCACGCUGGCCGUGAUUCCAUGUGCCAAGGAUCAAAGAAACGCAUACCCUUCGCCUCCUAAUAGUCCACAACAUGCCCACAAGAAACCCUUGCCCUCGCUAAUGACUUUUAUCACGCGGCUGGUCCGCUACACCAACGUCUACACGUCAACUCUGCUCACGGCGACGUGCUACCUACACAAGCUUCAGGAAAUCCUGCCUCGGGAUGCCCAUGGACUGCCAUCUACCAGUCACCGCAUUUUCCUGGCCUGCUUGAUCCUCAGUGCUAAAUUCCAUAACGAUUCCUCACCCCAAAACAAGCAUUGGGCGGAUUACACUGAUGGCAUUUUCUGUUUGGAGGACGUCAACCUCAUGGAACGUCAACUCUUGGAGUUGCUCGACUGGAAUUUGAGACUAGAAGAACACCAACUGCACGACUCUCUCAAAUCUCUACUAGAACCAAUCAAAUACGAUCUACAAAGAUCUCGCAAGAUCAUGGCUCGCAACAAUUACCAUCAGCGUAACAUGAGCGCUUGCUCCAGUACUAGCACUUUGCUUGGGACUCCAAGCUUGCAAUCACUCAAAUCGCUACCGUCAUUGCCUAGGUUGCCCUCAUUGCCCUCUCUGGCGGCGUCUCAAACGCUGCCGAACAAACUGUCAAUGGACACGCAAAUGUAUUUGCAUCGCGACUACAGUACUGCCACGUUGGUGUAA